AUGAAUUGGGCAUCGCGAGGGGCACGGCCCAAGGCCUUUGAGCAACGCGACGAUGAGAAAGUCGCGGAGUUCGAACUCGAGGACGUGGUAGCCACCGAUGGAGAAAGCUCGACACUGAGCCCGGCCAGCCCUCCCCCGCAACCUGAACAAGACAUCGAGCGCGUUCCGCAGCCUAUUCACGCCCCUUCCCCACGACCACAACAAGAAGCACGCGAAGCGAGUGUUGAUAGCCAAGACGGUUAUCAUACACCUUCGGAGUUUCCUCAAGAAGAGCGCGAGCCUGCUGCUAGCUCGCGAGAGCAACCUACACGCCCGCAUGGUAGGCAAACAACCAGCCCUUCGCCACCCGAGCUUCAGUCUCGUCCGGGUACCAACACAGCUCCUCCACUAUCUCGUCAAGAAGAGCGUAGCUUAGUCGCCAUUCCCCAAGACCAGACCGCACUGCUCCAUGAAACUGGUAGAUAUGUCGCCAGCACUCCACCGACCGGCCCGCGACCUCGUCUGGGUAACAGUCUAGCACAUCGGCUUUUCGAAAGCUUCCUGCUUGCCCAAGACGAGCCCAUUCCACCUGUUGACAUGUCCACCCAUGAAGGGAAAAAUCGCUUCAUUCAAGUCCUACAAGACUUUUUCCAGUACGCAGCGCGUCGACCAGAAUCAGAUGGAGGUAUCGUCAGGCGUGGGGGCCUUGGACUAGACAUGGGCAACAUCUUGACCGUCCUCUUUCCUGGAUUCGCUGGCUUUACAGCUCUUGUCCUUUCCCAGCGCGCCAACAGCGUUCCUAGACAAGUCCGACGACCGCUUGGAACCUUCUUACGCAAGGGCGAUCUGUUCUGGGCAGUCACCAACGAGUGGGUUGCUGAUAGACACCAAGAACUUGGAGACAAAUCCGCACCAACCAACUAUGGUCCCAUCUUGACAGCUUUUCGACUUCAAGUAGUCGUAGAUGCUGAUUCAGACAUGCUACAUGUCGUCUACGGUCGCUGCAGACAGUUCAGUGGGCUGGAAAAGAUUCCCGAUCGUCAGAAAUGGAAGAAUCUUCGACUGCUUGACGAAUCGCUACCAGACAACCAGCCUGGGAAUGACGGCCCCCACGGCAACGCCCGAGUUCUGGUAGGAGAUCAAUGGGACAAUUGUAUGGCCAUCAGCUCGCUUUGCCACAUCGAUGUGGUCGAAGUGCAGUCAAUCACAACCAUGCCUUGGGGAUGGAUCUAUGCUGGCCGUCUAUCGGGCGACGCACUUGCCAUGUUAGACUACCUUCGCAAAGCGCAUUUCAACAAGGAUGCCGACAUCGCUCCGGUGCCUCAGGGCAUAUGUCAUCAAGCAGUAUGUGAAGGACUUCGCGGAUUUGCUCCGCCUAUCCACCCACCGAGGGAGAGCGAGUUUAAGAAGGCGAAACACAAUCCGCGCCAUCUUUUUCCAGACUACAAGGCGAGUGUAGAGCCCAAUUGGGAUGCUCAGCGCACAACUAGAGCUCAGCGUACUCGCAACCCGUAUCAAGGAUAUGGACAACAACGCCGGCCCGGUGAUCGAGGACAAGAUAGGGGCCGUCAGGAUCAGCGUGACGCCUAUGGCCGGACCCGUCCAGAUUCGCAUCCGCGUCCGCGUACCCGUAGUCGUUCACCCCGUCCAAGGGACGACCAUCGUCGAGCACGAUCUCGCGAUGACCGUCACUACCGACCAGAAAACUACGGAGGUCAGCAUCCGCGCCGCCAUCAAGACGAUCGCCCUGCUGAGACGCGUCUCGGCGAUCAUGUCCAUACUCGGCCUGUGUUCCAUCCCGUGAACAACGUGAUGCAAGAUGGGCGAUAUCAGCCUCACGUUUACCACAACUAUGCGUCGCGCGAGCACGACGACAACCAUAAUCCCGAGCGUGAGAACUACGAGGACGACCGUGGCCAUGACCGAAAUGAAGAGGGUGGCGCGUACCAGAAUCCUGAGCCGCGCAAUCACGACGACAACCGCAAUCGCGAGCGUGAACACUACGAGGACGAUGGUGGCCGUGGCAGGCAUGAGCAGGGUGGCGAGUACCAGAAUGGAGAUUUACUCAACUAUGGUUGA